AUGUCUAAUAACAUGCCAGACAAGGUGCUUGAUUUAUUAAAUAAAAUGACAAUUGAACCUAACAAUUUUACUCUUACUAUUUUAUUUAAUGCAUGUGGUGAACUUGCCAAUGAUCGAGCGAUGAAGAUAGGAAAAAAACUUCUUGAUGAAAUGCAUGAUAAUUAUCGAAAUGAUAAUAUCUUAUUAACUUCAGCAAUACAUAUGUUGAUGAAAUUUGGUGAUGUUCAAAGUGCUGAACGUGUUUUUCAUUCAAUCAAAAAUAAAGAUAUUAUUACUUAUAAUGCUAUGAUCAAAGGAUAUAUUGGAAAUACAAUGUCAGAAAAAGCUUUAGAUUUAUUUGAACAAAUCCAUUUAAAGUUAGAUUGUGUAACUUAUACUAUUGUUUUUGAUGCAUGUGCUCAACUUGCAAAUGAUCGAGCACUGAAGAUUGGAAGAAAACUUCUUCAUGAAAUGCCUAAUAAUUAUAAAAAUGAUAAUUUCGUAUCAAAUUCAGCAAUACAUAUGUUAAUGAAAUUUGGUGAUGUUCAAGGUGCUGAAUGUGUUUUUCAUUCAAUCAAAAAGAAAGAUAUUAUUACUUAUGGUGCUAUGAUGAGAGGAUAUAUUGGAAAUGAAAUGUCAGAAAGAGCCUUGGAUUUAUUUGAACAAAUCCAUUUAAAGUUAGAUAGUGUAAUUCACACUAUAGUUUUUAAUGCAUGUAGCCAACUUGCAAAUGAUCGAGCGAAGAAGAUUGGAAAAAAACUUCUUCAUGAAAUGCAUGAUAAUUGUCGAAAUGAUAAUGUUGUAUUAACUUCAGCAAUACAUAUGUUAAUGAAAUUUGGUGAUAUUCAAAGUGCUGAACGUGUUUUUCAUUCAAUUAAAGAGAAAAAUAUUAUUACUUAUGGUGCUAUGAUGAAAGGAUAUAUUGAAAAUGAAAUGUCAGAAAAAACCUUAGAUUUAUUUGAACAAAUUCAUUUAAAGUUAGACACUGUAACCUAUACUAUAGUUUUUAACGCAUGUAGUCAACUUGCCAAUGAUCGAGCAAAGAAGAUUGGAAAAAAACUUUUUGAUGAAAUGCCUGAUAAUUAUCGAAAUGAUAAUGUUGUAUUAACUUCAGCAACUCAUAUGUUAAUGAAAUUUGGUGAAGCUGAAAGUGCUGAACGUGUGGUUAAAUUAAUAAGAAACAAAGGUGCUAUUACUUAUGGGGCUCUUAUGAAUGGUUACAAUAUGAAUGAUGAACCAUGGAAAUGUUUUGAGGUUUGGGAAGAAAUGAAACAACGAGAUAUUGUUCUAAAUGAGAUCAUAUGGAAUAUACUCAUUGGUGCAUGUUCAAAAAUCGGUAUGAUUCGACAAAGUCAGUAUAUUAUUCAUCAAGUUCCUCCACAUAUUCAAAAUCAAAAACAAAUACAAAACUCAAUAAUUCAUAUGUGGGGCAAAUGUGGUUCUAUUGAAAAAGCACAAAAUGUAUAUAAAUCAGUUGAUGAUCGUGAUACAGUGACAUACACUGCAAUGAUUAAUGGAUUUGGACUUAAUGGAAUGGGUUCGGAAGCUAUUAAAUUAUAUAGAGAGAUGCCGAAUAAUCUACGUAAUGAAGUUACACAUAUUUGUGUUUUAAAUGCAUGUUCUCAUUCGGGUUUUCUUCGUGAAGCUCAGAAUAUAUACAAUGAAAUACCUUUCAAAACAGAAAAAAUUGUUGCUGUUAUGACUGAUUGUUUAAGUCGUUUGUUUUUAUUUGAUGAAGCACAAAAGUUGAUAGAUGAAUAUGAAAAGAAAAACUCACCUAGUUUUGUGAUGUAUAUGUGUUUACUAUCUGGUGCACGUAAUAAUCGCAAUAAUAAUUUAUCUGAAAAGAUAUAUAAUCGAAUGAAAUCUUUGUUUCCUGAUGCAAAACAAGGUCUUGUAUCAGGUGCAACUCUUCUUGCGAACAUAUAUUCUUCUGUUGGUGAAUAUCAACUGGCAAAGAACUUUCGAUAUAAUCAAAUAAAAGAAUUAAGAACUAAAGUCAAAAUGGGAUUAUCAUGGACUUAUGUAAAUAGUGAAAUAGUGCAAUUCAAAGCUCAUGAUCAUUCACAUCCACGAUCAUCAGAAAUCUAUGCUGAACUUGAUCGUUUAACAGUUGAAUUAAUUGAACAUGGUUAUAAAUUUGAUUCUUCUUGGAUAACUCGUCAAUUACGUGAAGAAGAAACUAUCGAAUCAGUGUUGUGUGGUCAUAGUGAAAAAUUAGCAAUAGCGUAUAAUUUGAUUCAACGACCACUUCCAGAUUUUAUCCAAGUUACUAAAAAUCUUCGAGUCUGCGGUGAUUGUCAUGAAGCUACGAAACUUAUAGCUAAAAUUCGUCAAAUUGAUAUUAUUGUUCGUGAUGCCAAUAGAAUCCAUCAUUUUCACAAAAACGGACAAUGCUCAUGCCAAAAUCAUUUUUAA